ACAAAAGGGAGGUUCCAGGUACAGCCGCCUCAUCAAAUUCACGGCAAACGAAUCGCCCCAUUUGAGACAAAGAGGCAAUGCAUCGAAGGAUCCUAUCGGAAAUCUAUUCAGUGAAGAAAUCAAUUUCAGAUAGAAUCUCGAUAAGAACCCUAAUUUCAGGCGGCGGAGUUGAAGUUGAUGAUGGAGAUCCUCUGUAUACAGAUGUUCCAAGGCCUCUUAGAAAGAAAUCCCAGAGAAAACCGUAUCAAACCCCCAUGAAAGUUCUUGUUCAAAGAGCGAAACAAGAAAGAGAAGCUCGAAAGGCGAAUCCAUGUCGAAGGCUUGAGGAAUCUCCCGAUAACGGGUUACUCGUUCCUGAACUCAUUGAAGUAGCUCAUCGAGUUUUCCGAGCCAAAGAAUCGCUUUUGUUGGGGAUUUCUAAGCUCCUCCAUUUCGUUCCCGUCUUACGUUGCAGGCACUGUUUUGAAGUUCAUAUUGGCAAAACUGGGCAUGAGAUCCGAACCUGCACAGGGCCAAACAGCGGUUUUCGAAGCUCUAAACACGAAUGGAGAAAAGGGAGAGCUAGUGAUGUAAUUUACUUCCCCAAAUGCUUCCAUCUCCACGACCGUGUACUAAAACCUCGAGUCAUCCACGAUGAAAGGCGCGCGACAAAAAGAAUACCAGCCAUCUUAGAGCUCUGCAUACAGGCCGGACUAAACAUUGAAAAAUACCCAACAAAGAGGAGAACAAAACCUGUCUACAAUAUUGAAGGAAGGAUAGUAGAUUUCGAACCUGAGACGAACAACGAGGAGGAUAACAGUUUUGAAAAGGUCGAAUCUUUAAUUGGUACAAUAGAUUCGAAUGAAGAAGAAGACGAUCAAGAGGUUAUAAGUGUUUCAACAUUGGCGUCGUGGAACGAGAUGUUAUUAGGUACGAAAAAGUUGAUGGAAAAGUACAAAGUUCAUACUUGUGGUUACUGUCCAGAAGUUCAGGUUGGGCCAAAAGGACAUAAGGUGAGGAUGUGCAAAUCGUCUAAGCAUCAAUCACGCGAUGGAUUGCACGCGUGGCAAGAGGCGACUAUGGACGAUUUGGUGGUUCCCAACUACGUGUGGCACGUGGUUAAUCAUCGUGAUGUUCGUCCUUUGGAUAACAACCUAAAGAGGUUCUAUGGAAAGGCCCCGGCUGCGGUUGAGCUUUGCGUUCAAAAUGGUGCUCCUAUUCCUGAGGAAUACCGAAGCAUGAUGAGGGUUGAUGUUGUUCGCCCUGGCCGUGAUGAAGUUGAUCUAGUCGCAUGAUGUUGAUGAAUAAGGGUCCCAUAAAUCUGAUUUUUUGAAAA